AUGGAUUAAUAAUUAUAUGAGUGUUUAAUGAAAAUGCAAAGUUUCUUUUCAAAUUAUCAGAGUCAAAUGGAACCAUUAAUUGAAUCUUCUUUAUCAGAAUUGAAAAAACAUUGCAAAAAUUUAGGAACAUGGGAUUCAGAAAGUCCAAAUAUACAAUUGUACUUCGAUAAAUUAUAAGGGCUUUGGAAUAAUUUUAAAUAGAAAAAGAAUAUUUCACCGUAAAAUCUUCAAUGGGGAUAAUAACAACUUAAAGAAAUUAUCUCUAAAUUUAAUGAAAUUGAAAAUUAUUAAAGUAUUGAUUUUAGACAGGAAAACAUAAAUCUAAAAAAUGAAGUUACCAUACUUCGAAUACAAUUAGAUUGUCUGUAAAGAAAGUAACAAAAAGAACAGACAGAUAAUUAACAUUUUUAGAGAGCUGCUGAAGAAUUAAAAAAUAAAACUUAAAAGAUCAAAUAACUAUAAAAGGAAGUUUAUCGAUUAGAAGAAAAACUUUAAGAAAAUUAAAAGAGACAUUCAGAAAUGAUCCAAAAUAUUAAAAAAAACUACUCAAACAAGCCUUUUGAUGUAAAGUAAUUAGAAGAAGAAAAUAAAAAAUUAAAAAGCAUGAAUUUAGAAUUAGAACAAGAAGUUUAUUAUUUACAAAAUUAAUUAAAAGGCAAAGACUUUUUAAUAUAGGACACAAGAGAAUUAGUAAAAACUAAAGAGGAAGUCGAGAAGUUAUAAAUAGAAAAUUAAGCUUUAGAAGAUAAAAUAUAAUAAUUAUAUGAUGUAUAAAUAUAUUCUAUUAUUUAGAAAUUAAAUUUAGGUAAAUAAAAUGAAAUAGAAAAUCAAAUUAGUAAUGAUGAUUUAAAAAUGAAACAAUUAUAAACCUAAUUGUAAAAAGCAGUUGAUGAAAAUAAAAUUAUGGAAAAACGAAUUGAUCAGCUAAUGCAAUAAAAUUAAAAAUAUAUUUAAAAAACAUUAGACUCUCUAGGAAUUCGAAUAUUGGCAGAUAUUAAAGGGGUUUAAUCUCAUUUUAAUGUUGUGAUGCAUUUAUUAGAAAAUUUAACACCAUUUUCAGCUGUUUUAACUGUAACAGAUAAGGUAAGUUCAAUUAUUCUCAAAUUUAUAACAUACAUUCGAAAAGAAGCAGAGUAAUUUAUACCUUAAAAUGCUAUAUAAUUAUAAGAACUGUUAAGAAUAGAAUUAUAAAAUGAUAAUAGAGCAAAUGAUUUCUUAUUUCAAAUAAUUGAUCAUCUUUCUAAAGCAAUAAUAAAAUAAGAUGAAUAAAAAUCAUAAAUAGCAACUAUUAUUUAAACUUAAGAUUCUCCAAUAUUUAAUCAAUUUUUCUUUUUACAAAGGGUUUUUCCAAUGGAGUUAGAGAGUUAAAAUUAUAUAAUAUUAUUUAGUCUAAUAAAAUGAAGUGCCUUUGAUAAAUAGUAUAAAACAUAUUCGAUAUUUUGAAUCAAAUAUUUAGCCAGGAAUUGAAUUCUCAACAUAUUUACAAGGGUUGAUAAAAUUAGAAGGGUAAGAAAAUAUUAUAGAUAACAAUGUUGGAGAUUUUAAUUUCUUAAUUUUUCCUUAAUAUUUGAUAUUUAAUGUUUGUGAAUUGUCAUUGUAAAAGGCAGAUAUAAAAAUAUCCUCAAAGUUUUCUUCAAAUUGUUUGAACUAAAAUACUUAAGAUUUUGAAUACACAUUAAUAUCAAUAAUUCAUUGCAGCGAUGUUCCUAAUGGAUUAUCUACAUAUUCGAUAACAUUAUACAAAAAUAAUAAUUGGGUUUAGAUAUAACAUGAUAAGGCAAUGUCUAUAAAUAUCAAUGAAUUAUUAACAUUUAAAUAACCAUACAAUGAUAAAGAAUUAUUGAUUUACAAAAGAUUAAAAAAAUGA